AUGGAUUUUAGCACAAUCUAUCAGUUUGUAUUAACAACUGAAACGAUGGGCAACAAAUCCAUAUAUAGUCCCUUAUUGACGACUGCUUCGGAAACUUACUGGCAAUUACGCUUUGAUCCUGAUAUGGAUAAUAACAUCAUCGUGAAUUACUUAACGACCGCAUUUGGAUACGACAGUGAUAGUUUGGGCGUACGAAAUUUUUAUGCAAGAAUCAGUCUUCCAUUCAAAUUUGUAAUUGGAGUUGAAUUCAAUGUGGACAUAUCUGGCGAAAAGAUCACAUCUAUUCCAAUUGAUUAUUCACAAAAUCUAAAGAAAGCUUGGAUGAAUGAUCUAAACAAUCCCAGCACAUCCGACGUAAAAUUCACGUUUGAAAACGAGAAUAUUUUUGCAAGCAGCAAAAUAUUAGCAUCGCAUUCCAAAUAUUUUGAGUCAAUGUUCAGCGAAAAUUGUUUUGAAACAGAAAAUUCGGUAUUAAAAUUUAGAGAAGUUAACGUGUUAGAAGAAUUUUUUCAAAAUUUAUUAAAAAAACCAGCAAAAGCUUCGAAAAUGAUGCAAGUUAAUAAAUGUUUAGAACCAAAACUAAAUAUCAAGGAAAAGCUCAACGAGAAAGAUAUGCAAGAAGAAAAUAAAUGUUUAGAACCAAAACUAAAUAUCAAGGAAAAGCUCGAGGAGAAAUAUAUGCAAGAAGAUAAUAACUGUUUAGAGCCAAAUUUAAAGUUGAUAAAAACCAAGGAAAAGAUCAACGUAUUCGAUUACGAAGUUGGAAUUUAUAAAACUGAUUACGAAGUUGAAAUUUAUAAAACUGAUCCAGCACUAUUUUUGCAAAUGCUCGUUUUUCUUUAUACCGGCGAAAUCAUUUAUAAAAAUGAUGAUAAAACCACAACGUACGAAAAUGCUCUUGAUCUAUACGGAAUAGCAAAUAAAUACUCACUGAAUGAACUUAAAAUGAAAACUAAAGAAUUUAUCCUCGCUUCUUUGACCCUCGAAAAUUCCGCUAAGAUUCUUUUUAAAUCCGCUUACAAGUGGCCUGAACUCAGAAAAGAAGUAAAGGAAUUUGUUGUUGAGAACUUUUCUGAAGUAUCUAAAACUGCUGGAUAUGAGCAAAUAAUCAAGAACCAAGAAGAAUAUGCGGCAUUUUUCGAAAUUAAUACAGAAAUUCUUUUAAGCAUUUAUAAAAAAGAAUAA